UCCAUAAAUUGGUUCAACCCUACACUCUUACUACCUACGCUACUGCUCUCUCCUCUUCGGAAGGGUCGAGUUUCUCAAGAAGGGUUCGAUUGGGUUCGCAAGAAGGGUUCGAUUGGGUCCGCAAGAAGGGUUCGAUUGGGUCCGCAAGCCGUUCCUCCUCUGUUUUUGAAAGACUGCAUAACUGUCAAACAUGAGUGGCCGGUUUUCUCGCACAAUUUACGUCGGCAACCUGCCUUCUGACAUAAGAGAGUCAGAAAUUGAAGAUCUCUUCUACAAGUAUGGUCGUAUAAUGGAUAUUGAAUUGAAGAUUCCUCCCCGCCCUCCAUGUUAUUGUUUUGUUGAGUUUGAUAAUGCUCGAGAUGCUGAAGAUGCAAUUCGAGGUAGAGAUGGAUACAACUUUGAUGGUUGUCGGUUACGGGUGGAACUUGCUCAUGGCGGUAGAGGACCAUCGUCAAGUGAUCGACGUGGAUAUGGAGGAAGUGGUGGGGGUGGGGCUGGGGCUGGGGCUGGUGGGGGUCGUUUUGGCAUCUCACGCCAUUCUGAAUUUCGAGUUAUUGUUCGGGGACUCCCAUCUUCUGCAUCCUGGCAAGAUUUGAAGGAUCAUAUGCGAAAAGCUGGUGAUGUUUGUUUUGCUGAGGUUUCUCGUGAUAGUGAAGUGAUUUGUGGCUGCUCCCUCUAUUUGCAUCUUGCCAAAUGGGCUGUGACCUCUGGCAUUGGUAGACAGCCUUUCAUCUGCGAUUUCUGCAGCUGCUGCGACACAAUGAUUCGGAGAGGAGGAGUUGGUAUUGAUGGGAGAAGAGGCCUGGGUUUUUGUUUUUUGUUGGUGGUAGGGGAUGACGGAUGAAUGUAGAAGUGUCUGCGUUAUUUUUUUCUCUCUUGGUGAUGGCUGAUAUUUUGAAUGAAUUUUACGUAUCAUAGAAUUUUAUUUAGUAUGAAGGGUGAUGAUUGGUCAAGUAUAUUGCUGUAUAAUUUCAGAUAACUUUACAUUAUUCAACUCGUAUUGUGUAUUGGUUGGAGUUGUAUAAAGUUGGAAAAUUACAAUUUUUAUGAUAGAGAGUUUGCAGUUAAGGGACAUGAACACUUGGUAUCCUUUUUUAUUAAUUCAUUAAUGCAUCACUGGCGAUAUAUUAAUAGACAUCAAGCAUCCCAGUUAAUCUGUUAUAUUAAGGCUUUAUUGCACACAGCAGCCUUCUUUUUAUCAACUCUGCUUUGGUGUACAAGAGUCUAUGAAACUGAGUAUUUAAUAUAGAUUUAAUUAUUAUCAUGGGUAGAGAAAUCAACAUUCUGGGAAUCAUUUCGAGCAAGUGUCUCAACUUUCACACGAGCCUUUUGUGUGUGCAUGUCAAAUUGUUUACUUUUAGAUUUCUAUUCUACAAAUGUAUUCCUAUUCUGACAUUUCAAUUUUUAAAAUGUAGUUUUAGUGUAUAUCACUCAUACU